UAUACUGGUUCUUACUGAAAUAAAGAUUGCAUGACACGACCGAAUAAGAACAAAAUGUUAUACCAAACUAAAUAAAUAAAGUUUUCUAACUUAUACUUUUGCAACCUUUUAACGAAACUCUUAAAUUGCAAAACCAAUAUUCUUCCUCCAACUCUAAUGAUAUAAUUAUACUGCUUAAUUUUCUUUGAUUUCCUCUUUAAUGUAUAUAAUAAGUUCUUUUAAUAUGAUUUAUACACGCAAUAAAGAAUUACCUAAACUGCGUAUCAUCUGAAAAUUUGUUUCGAGUGCUUUUUCGAAUUAAAACGUCAAUAAUUGUUCUCAAAGAACAUUUAUUUCUAAUCGAUGAGUCACUAGAAGGUCAAUUCCUUAUUAAUAAAUACGCAGAAAAUUUCGUAUAUAAAUAAGUUUUGACAACGAAAUUUUAUAAGAAAGCUUCGUCAAGAUUGUUCUGAAUAGACUCGUUUUGUUCGAUACCGAACAGUUCAAGAUGCCUCCCGCUAUAACCAUGUACAACUUUCCCAUGAGCCCUCCUUGCAGAGCAGUGCGUAUGACAGCGAAAAUACUUGCCAUAGAUUUGAAACUUGUAGACUUGGAUCUCUUUAAUAAGGAGCACAAGAAACAAUGGUUCGUAAAUAUAAAUCCCAACUGCUUAGUUCCUACGAUUGACGACAAAGGAUUUUAUUUAGGAGAGAGCAUUGCAAUCAUGCGCUACUUGAUUGACCAAUACGCACCGGACCAUGCUUUAUAUCCAAAAGAUAUUAAGAAGAGAGCUAUCAUUGAUUGGCUGCUUGAUUUUAACAUAGCAACCCUGUUUAAGGCCUUGGCUAGUUAUUUGGAAGAUGUAAUGUUCAGAGGCCAGACUCCAAAACCUGAAAGAAUGGACGAGUUCAAUCAGAAAGUGGCUAUACUGGAGGAAUUUUUGACUCGUUCCCCAUACGUUGCAGGUGACCACAUGACAAUCGCUGACCUAUCAGUCAUCACAAGCCUGGACUUCGCAGAGAUUGUGAGUAAUUCUGUCCCACUUCACUGAGCAACAGUUAUGGACCACAGUUAUUCUGAUUUUCCGAAAGUCGAAGCUUGGAUGAAUAAGUUGAAGAAAGAAAUUCCUGAUUACAAAGAAAUAAACGUAAAGGCACUAAAGAACAUAAAAGAAAACCAC